AUGACGACCUCCCGCCCCUCAUCAGUCGUGGGUAGCGAUGCAGACGGCAAACCAUCAUUCUUCCGCAAUGCAUCAAACAAAGCAUCUACAUACCAUGCGCAGAUACCAUAUCUCAGAAGGCUUCCGUUCCCGGCGAUCGCAAUUAUUAUCACGCUCAUCAUAGUAAAUCUUCUUGUUUGGGCAGCAGUUGGCAUCGUUUUGCAUUGGCAUACCCCUCUAAUCUCGACAGCAAUUCUCUCAUAUACCCUGGGAUUGCGCCACGCCCUGGACGCAGAUCACAUCUCGGCUAUCGACCUCAUGACUCGUCGUCUCAUUGCCGCAGGCCAACGACCAGUGACUGUUGGAAUGUUCUUCAGUCUUGGACACUCUACCAUUGUCAUCAUCACGUCGCUUGUGGUCGCAGGUACUGCAGCUGCUGUCUCAGACAAAUUUGGCAAUUUUGAGCGCGUCGGUGGCAUCAUCGGAACUUCCGUUUCUGCAGCCUUCCUCUUACUCCUUGGUCUCAUGAACAUUUAUAUUCUAUAUAAACUCAUCGUACAGUUGCGAAAGAUGAUCGCAAGCGAUCCUGGCAGCGAACACGACGAGUUUAAAAUUCAGGGCGGAGGAUGUCUCUUCCCAAUCUUGCAGAAGCUCUUUAAGUUGGUCGAUCGACCCUGGAAGAUGUACCCUCUUGGUGUGCUCUUUGGUCUGGGAUUCGACACUUCUUCUGAGAUCGCUAUCCUAGGCAUCAGCUCCAUCCAAGCCACGAAAGGAACAUCGAUCUGGCUCAUCUUGAUCUUCCCGCUGCUUUUCACAGCCGGCAUGUGCCUUCUCGAUACUACGGAUGGCGCGCUAAUGAUGAGUUUGUAUACGAGCACACAAUUAGCGCGCGAUCCCAUUGCGAUCUGCUACUACAGCAUUGUGCUGACGGUUAUUACUGUCAUUGUUGCGACUAUUAUCGGAACGGUGCAGUUCUUGAACUUGGUGCUCAACGUUGCCGAGCCACAUGGCAAGUUUUGGGAGGGCGUCGAAAAGCUUGGUGAUGCUUGGGAUAUAGUUGGCGGAGCCAUAUGUGGCACAUUCAUCGUGUUCGGUGGUCUCAGCGUUUUGUUGUACAAGCCUUGGAGACGACGCGUCGAUAGGAAAAGAGUCAAGAACGCGCACUUUGAGGCAUUACCGCAAGAAAACGAUACUGCUGGCCUGGAUGAAGAAGAACCUCGGGAAGUACUUGCUUCGACUACCACCCAUACGAAGGAUGUUGACGUAAACGUCGAGUCUGUUGAGACUACGGGUGUGGCUGGCCCUGCGCAUCGCUGA